AUGAUGGACUACGCGCAAUACCAGCAACCACCACAGUCGGCGCAUUCGCAAGGACACAUCCAAUCCAGUUACACGAAUCCGAGUGCUGGAAAUUCGAUCACGUCUCCAUCCAGUCACAGCAUAAAUCAACACGGCGUUCAGACAUCGCCCAUUCUACCUUCGCAGCAUCAACCAGCGGCUUCGGCCCAAGGUCACAACAUGUACCAAACGCAGUACAGCGUGCCCCAGCAGGGCAUGCAUUAUGGUGUACCUCAGAUACAGGCGGCUGCCAUGGCCGCGACCGCCGCCGCAGCGGGUGGAACUGGCUACAGCAACUACAUGUCCUCGGACCCCAGCAUGUCGCAGACGUCACCGAGGGUGGGUUCGGGAAUGAACACAAAGAAGGACUCGCACGGACCGCGGUCACCGCAGCAGUUGAGCCAGAUGCCCGGUCGUCGGUUAAGCCAAGUUACCAGUCCCGGAGUUCCCAAUGCGCCGAUGUUGAACCACGGCCCGCGUCCGGCACCACCGUCGAUGCCCCCAUCGCAAUCCAUGCCCCACCCCCAGUCACCCGAGAUGGCUGCUGGCGCCGAGGAGUCACCCUUGUAUGUAAACGCAAAACAGUUUCAUCGCAUCCUAAAGCGAAGAGUAGCGCGGCAACGCCUGGAAGAGGCCUUACGCUUGACGAGCAAAGGCCGUAAGCCGUACCUUCACGAGUCGCGACACAACCACGCGAUGCGACGGCCUCGGGGACCCGGCGGGCGGUUUUUGACAGCAGAAGAGGUGGCGGAAAUAGAAAAGAACAAGGGGGAAGGCAAGGAUGACGAUGUGAUGGAACCCCCACCGACUAAAGCGGGUUCUAAGCGUAAAUCGGAGGGAGGAUCUCGUGCGUCGGCCAAGAAGGCCAAGAUUGAGCCUGCAACACCCGACGAUGACGAUGAUGAUGAUGCCGAGGACGACAGUUGA